GUCACGUGAUGACGCCCACUCCUAUCCAGUCCACUAUCAACACGCUCCGACGUCCAUAGUUCGUAAACUGCUGAGCCUAAAGUCCUCUAAACACAACUAUAAUGUUCAACACAGUAGCCCAGAAAAUGUUUUAGCUUCUUCGGUGAGGAAACAACGGAGGGAAGGGAAAAUGUACCGGAGUGUCCUGCUCGUCAUCUUCACAGCCAGCUGUUGGUGUUCAUCGUCUCCUGGGGUGUCGUCAGGGAGAUCCUUCACUAUAGACUACAAAAACAACUGUUUCCUGAAAGAUGGGAAGCCCUUUCAGUACAUCUCAGGUAGUAUCCACUAUUCUAGAGUUCCACGCUUCUACUGGAAGGAUCGGCUGCUCAAGAUGUACAUGACUGGCCUUAACGCCAUCCAAGUAUAUGUGCCCUGGAAUUUCCACGAAACACUUGAAGGGAUCCAUAACUUUUCAGGAGACAGGGAUUUGGAGCAUUUCUUGGAUCUGGCCAAUCAGACAGGUCUUUUGGUUAUCCUGCGCCCGGGCCCGUACAUCUGUGCCGAAUGGGAGAUGGGGGGUCUGCCGGCUUGGUUGCUUAAAAAGACAAACAUUGUACUACGUUCUUCUGAUGCAGAUUAUUUACAGGCAGUUACUAAUUGGUUUGCUGUUCUCCUCCCCAAACUGAAGCCUUGGCUGUAUGUGCAUGGUGGAAACAUCAUUAGUGUCCAGGUUGAAAACGAGUAUGGAAGCUACUACGCUUGUGACUACAACUACCUGCGUCAUCUGCGGACUCUUCUGCAAGUAUUCCUGGGUGAAAACACCAUCCUUUUCACCACUGAUGGAAACACAGACCGAGAGAUGCGAUGCGGGACCCUGGGAGGAUUGUAUGCCACUGUGGACUUUGGCACAGGCGACAACAUAACCGAAGCCUUCAGGCGACAGAGACAGUUUGAACCUCAGGGUCCACUGGUAAAUUCAGAGUUCUACACUGGUUGGUUGGAUCACUGGGGAGAUCAGCAUGCUAAUGUUGAUACUCAGAGGGUCAGCAGAGGGUUAGCAGAGAUGCUAACCAUGGGGGCUAACGUCAACAUGUAUAUGUUUGAAGGCGGCACCAACUUUGGCUAUUGGAAUGGUGCAGAUCAUGACACCAGAUUCCGUCCUGUGGUGACCAGUUACGAUUAUGACGCCCCACUCACAGAGGCAGGGGACCCCACUGAGAAGCUGUUGGCCAUCCGAGACGUCAUCAAACUGUUUAAAGCUAUUCCCCUCGGACCAAUGCCACCUGCAACUCCCAAAUUUGCCUACGGUUUAGUGACACUAAAAAAGGUGGGCAACAUCAGCAGCUUGAUGGACACGCUUUCCCCCAUAGGGCCUGUUCAGUCUCAGUACCCUUUGACCUUUGAGGAUAUCAAACAGUUCUAUGGAUACAUGCUGUAUCAGACCACGCUGCCCAGGGACCUCUCAGAACCCACGCCGCUCAUCUCCCCGAUGAAUGGGGUUCAUGACCGUGCGUAUGUGUCCGUCAAUGGGCGUUUCCAGGGUCUCUUGGAGAGAGACACCGUACUGGUGAUGAAUGUCACUGGACGACAGGGGGACAUUGUGGACAUCCUCGUGGAGAACAUGGGCAGAGUUAACUUUGGCAGCCAUAUUAAUGACUACAAAGGGAUUCUAGGUAACUUGAUCUUGGGUCAAGAUGUACUAAAUGACUGGAAGAUGUACCCUUUGGACAUUGAUGGAGCCAUUGCAGCUGGGUGGCCUCAUUCGCUGAACAAAGAGAGCCUCCUCAAUCUUAAAGGGGGACUGUCUGUCGGGCCCACUUUCUUCAUGGGAACAUUGCAGCCUAAUGGUGUAGCGCGGGACACCUUUCUCAGGCUUACAGAUUGGACAAAGGGUCAGGUUUGGAUUAACGGUGUAAAUCUGGGGCGGUACUGGACAGCCAGGGGUCCACAACAUACCCUUUAUGUACCCGGACCUAUGCUCAGCACCACCGUGCCCAACAACAUUACAGUGUUAGAGCUGGAGGGGGCGCCAGCACAUUUAAGGGUGCUCUUCAUGGACAGACCUCUGCUCAAAGUUCCAGCUAAUAAAUUAUGAUGCUGGAGUUUCGAAGACUGACAUGAGAUGAUGCGAUUUACCAUUACCGUAUUAGAGCCACACAGAAAAAAAAGAUAUUACACGGUCAUUUAAAGGCCUACUGAAAUGAAUUUUUUUAAUUUAAACGGGAAUAGCAGAUCCAUUCUAUGUGUCAUACUUGAUCAUUUUGCGAUAUUGUCAUAUUUUUGCUGAAAGGAUUUAGUAAAGAAAAUCGACGAUAAAGUUCGCAACUUUUGCUCGCUGAUAAAAAAAAGCCUUGCCUGUACCGGAAGUAGCGUGACGUCACAGGAGGUAAUAUUCCUCACAAUUUUCCUUUGUUUACAAUGGAGCGAGAGAGAUUCGGAGCGACAAAGCGACGAUUACCCCAUUAAUUUGAGCGAGAAUGAAAGAUGUAACUUAGGUACAAGCUGGCUCAUUGGAUUCCACACUCUCUCCUUUUUCUAUUGUGGAUCACGGAUUUGUAUUUUAAACCACCUCAGAUACUAUAUCCUCUUGAAAAUGAGAGUAGAGCACGCGAAAUGGACAUUCAUAGUGACUUAUCUCCACGACAAUACAUCAGUGACACACUUAGCUACUGAGCUAACGUGAUAGCAUCGUUCUCAAAUGCAGAUAGAAACAAAAUACAUAAAUCCCUGACUGGAAGGAUGGACAGAAGAUCAACAAUACUAUUAAAACCAUGGACAUGUAACUACACGGUUAAUAAUGCUCAGCCUGGUAAAGCUUAACAAUGCUGUUGCUAACGACGCUAAGGCUAACUUUGCAACCGGACCUCACAGAGCAAUGAUAAAAACAUUAGCGCUACACCUACGCCAGCCAGCCCUCAUCUGCUCCUCAACAGCCGUGCUCACCUGCGUUCCAGUGAUCGACGGCGCGAUGAAGGACUUCAUCCGUGGGUUUGGCGGCUAGCAUCGGCUAGGCGUCUGCUAUCAGGGUAAGUAGUCCUUGUUGUGUUGCUACAGCCAGCCGCUAGUACACCGAUCCCACCUACAACGUUCUUCUUUGCAGCCUCCAUUGUUCAUUAAACAAAUUGCAAAAGAUUUACCAACACAGAUGUCCAGAAUACUGUGGAAUUAUGAAAUGAAAACAGAGUUUUUUCUCCGGGCUCCGAAUACUUCCCUUGCCCUCGUGACGUCACACACAUACGUCAGCAUAAUAAAAGAUUUUUAACCGGAAGUGUGGCGGGAAAUUUAAAAUUGCACUUUAUAAGUUAACCCGGCUGUAUUGGCAUGUGUUGCAAUAAUAAGAUUUCAUCAUUGAUAUAUAAACUAUCAGACUGCGUGGUCGGUAGUAGUGGGUUUCAGUAGGCCUUUAGGUUAAUUGCAAGUCUACAGUAUAUACAGUCCCGAUCAAAUGUUUAUACACUUGUAAAGAACAAUGUCAUGGCUGUCUUGAGUUUUCAAUAAUUUCUACAACUCUUAUUUUUUUGUGAUAGAGUGAUUGGAGCACAUACUUGUUGUUCACAAAAAACAUUCAUGAAGUUUGGUUCUUUUAUGAAUUUAUUAUGGAUCUACAGAAAAUGUGAGCAAAUCUGCUGGGUCAAAAGUAUACAUACAGCAAUGUUAAUAUUUGCUUACAUGUCCCUUGGCAAGUUUCACUGCAAUAAGGCGCUUUUGGUAGCCAUCCACAAGCUUCUGGUUGAAUUUUUGACCACUCCUCUUGACAAAAUUGGUGCAGUUCAGCUAAAGGUGUUGGUUUUCUGACAUGGACUUGUUUCUUCAGCAUUGUCCACACGUUUAAGUCAGGACUUUGGGAAGGCCAUUCUAAAACCUUAAUUCUAGCCUGAUUUAGCCAUUCCUUUACCACUUUUGACGUGUGUUUGGGGUCAUUGUCCUGUUGGAACACCCAACUGCGCCCAAGACCCAACCUCCGGGCUGGUGAUUUUAGGUUGUCCUGGAGAAUUUGGAGGUAAUCCUUUUUCAUUUUCCCAUUUAAAGCACCAGUUCCAUUGGCAGCAAAACAGCCCCAGAGCAUAAUACUACCACCACCAUGCUUGACGGUGGACAUGAUGUUACUGGGAUUAAAGGCCUCACCUUUUCUCCUCCAAACAUAUUGCUGGGUAUUGUGGCCAAACAGCUCCAUUUUUGUUUCAUCUGACAUCACAUGGAUAAAGAUAAGACCUUCUGGAGGAAAGUUCUGUGGUCAGAAUGAAAGCUUUUGAUCGCGACUGUACAUGCUGCUAGUCUCAAGAUGGUUGCGUUUUUGUUCCAUGUGGGAAUUUUGACAUCUCACUCAAUGAAAAUAAAACUUUAUUCCUGUUAUAUUAUGGCUUAUUUCCCUCUCCCCCAUAUUAACACAGCUAUUCUUAUAACAUGAUUUUUUCUGAUCCAGUUCCUGUAAUAUUUUUGAGAGAUUACUUUGUAAUUUUUAAAUGUGACAGCCUGAGCACAUUUCCAGUCCAAAAGUGCUAUAUAAUGGCUAUUUAGAAUGUGCUCAAAAAGGGUAAGAGUGAAUGUUUAUAAUGCAGAUGCUAUUUAAAUGAGCACUUCCUGUGAUCUACAAAGAUCCAUAAGCAAUCAUACUUUUCCUUUUUACACAAUGGAAGACAGCCGUUUUAAGAGUCCAAUUAGGGGUGGUACCUUCCUGUUAGCUUUUUCCAGAUGGAGCAUUAGCUUUUCUGUGUGCUUGCACACAUCGAGGAGUGCAGAAGGAAAAAUCAAGGUACUGGAAUGGGGUCUUGCCCUGCAGAGACUCUCCACACUGCCAACACCGCCUGGUGAUAGAUUCACACAACACAAAUCAGACACUGAGUAGACAUAGUGUGGAUACACAACGAGGCUCUUACUUGACGUUCGAUAAACUGGUUACUGAUGCCACAACUUGUUGUGCCAACCUCUUCUCAGCUGCCAAAGCUCUCUGAUAAAAAAAUAAAACAUUUUACAAAAUGCUGCAAAGAAAUGACAGAGCACAAGAACCUGCAAUAAAAAUGAUAGUGCACAAGAACCUACCUUCUCUCGGUCAGAUAAAGAAGCAAACCUCUUCUUUUCCUUCUCUUCCAGCUCUUGUUUCCUCUUCUCAUCCUUCUGUGUUUUUUCCCGCUGUUUUUUCAGCGCCUUUUGAGCCUUCUUCUUCUCCAUCUUCAUAGACUCAAUCUCUGGUGUUAAUGGCCCAGGUAUCUGCAGGAAGCAAACAUACUUUAUGUAUUUGUACUAAGGCUGUCAGAUUAAAACACACUGAUGUACAUUAAUCUAUCAGCAUUGUUAAUCUGACACAACAAAUUUAUUUGAAGCGCAAAAUGAUCCAAAAUACUGAAAGGCUGCAAAAGCAAACAAUCACCUGAAAAAAUUACUUUUAAUUUUACUGAAGCACUUCCAUCUUAAAGUUCCACGUUAUUAGCACAACAAAAAGGAACAGGUCCACAUUUAUGUGGAGAAAUGUUUGUUUAAAAUAACAGUAAAGUUUUUUUCUGUUAACAUGA